AUGGAAAAACUACUCACUUUAUGUCAAGACCAUCAAGGUGUUUGUUUGAUUCUGUUAUUCACUGUCACAGUCAUUCUCGGGUGGUUUCGCAGAGACAGACGGCUUGACUCCAUCCCAGGUCCUAAAGGCUUACCUUUGAUCGGAAUCGGAUUCCAACUCCCCUCUAAACCGGCAGCAGUCUUUCGCAAAUGGGCACUUGACUAUGGCGAUGUAUUCAAGAUUCGGGUUGGAUGGUACAACUGGGUAGUCAUCAACACCCCCGAAGCUGUGCGUGAGAUCCUUGAAAAGCAAGCAAUUCACACCUCCUCCAAAGCCCCCUCGCCUAUGAGUCAUGACAUUGUAACAGGUGGGAAUCGAAUGCCUACUAUGCCGUACGGAAACCAAUGGCGAGCUCUCCGAACAGCGGUUCGCCAGAUGACCACCGUACCCGCAACAUCAACUUUUAUUCCCAGUCAAGUGUUUGAGGCAAAACAGUUGUUCUCCGAUUUGGGCACAGACAAUAAGAAUGAACGAAAUUUCUAUCAACAUAUGCGAAGAUAUGCGCUGAGUAUUAUUAUGACGAAUACGUUCGGGACUAGAGUCAAGAGUCUAGACGAUCCAGCAGCGCAAAAAGCCAUUCAAACUCAAGCAAUUCUACGAAGGACAUCACGACCGGGAGCGUUCAUCGUGGAUGAGGUACCUUUUUUGGCUAUGUUACCUAAGUGGCUAUGGCCUGGUCGGAAGGAUGCGGAAAGCGCCGCAAAUCAAGUAAGGAACAUAAAAAUGGAGCUGUGGAAACAGCUGGGAGAGCAAGUCACUUCUGGAAAAGCGCCGCACUGUUAUGCUCGGGAGAUCUAUGAGAAAAAAGAGUCCUGGUAUGCGCAGGGACUGACAGAAGAGAAACUAGUCUGGCUCACGACGGGCCUAGUAGAGGCAGGCUUUGAGACGACGGCCGCCACGUUGAACAGUCUCGUGCUCCAUCUUGCAGCUAAUAAGUCUGUUCAGCACAAAGCCCACGAGGAACUAAUGAAGGUAGUCGGAUCUGACCGUCUUCCUACAUUCGAAGAUAUUGAGAACCUCUCAUAUAUUCGCGCUUGCGUAAAAGAAAUGAUGCGGAUAAAUCCACUAAUCGCUCCGGGUGUUCGUCACUUCGCGGAACAGGAUCUUUUUUACAAGGGCCACAUCAUACCAAGAGGAACAGUAUUGAUCACCAACACAUCUUUCCUACAUUAUGAUCCUUCACGUUAUGAAAGGCCAUUUGAAUUCAUGCCGGAACGAUAUUUGAAUCAUAGUCUAUAUAGCUCCGAAUACGCUGCUAUGAGUGACCCUGCCAAACGCGACCAUUUUACGUUCAGCACUGGGAGGAGAACAUGUCCGGGUGCGAGACUGGCGGAAAAUUCUCUGUAUAUUGCACUUGCUGGGAUCUUGUGGGCGUACGAAAUUUGCCCCCCGAUCGUGAAUGGAGCUGAGAAGGUUCUUGAUACAAGCGAUGAUGCGUACACAGAGGGAGGAGUUACUCUUCCCAAGCCGUUUGCUGCACGUUUUAUUCCAAGGAAUGAUGACCGGCUCAGAAUUGUGAAAGAGCAGUGGGAAAGGGCACAGAGCGAGGGGUAUGAGCUGAGAGGGAUACCGGUUGAUGUGAAUGGGAUGAUGUUAUAA